AUGAGCGCCCCGCUGACCAUCAGCGCCGCCUACCAGGCCUACCCCGCCGGGGUGGCGGCCGGCCUGGGCUUCCAGGAGUACUACUGGCACUCCCCGGAGGAGGACGACGAGGAGCCCGAGGCGGGGCGCUACUCCCAGGAGGAAAGCGGGACCCUGCAGGACCCAGAUGUCUCCCCGGUGACCUCCACCUCUGGACUCCUCACCCAUUACGCCCCAGACUCAGCCUCCAGCCCCAACAGGCACCCCUCUUCCCCGCACCCGGCUUCCGUCUCCCAGAGAUCCAAGGCGGACAGUGAAAGGGCGGCCAAGAAGAGCAAAAGCCGGACCACCUUCUCCCAAGAGCAGCUCCAAGUCCUCCACCUUCGCUUCCAGAGUCAGAAGUACCUCAGCCCGCAGCAGAUCCGGGAGUUGGGGUCCGCCCUGGGGCUCACCUACAAACAAGUGAAGACUUGGUUUCAGAAUCAACGGAUGAAGUUUAAGCGAACCCAGAAAGAAACUCUGUGGAUGAAGAAAGGGAUGUGCCCGCCUCAGAACGGGUUCCAGCAAGCUGGCUGCUUGGACCUCCUCCCUCCUCCCCCCCAAGACUACUCCAUGAAUCCUGCUCGGAGCAUUCAUUCCUUGUCCAACGUGCACGAGGGAAGUGUCAGCAACCAAAGCUACGGCAGCAGCCAGAACUACCCCAAUGACUACAGUUCGCUGUAUGGCAGCCCUCAGAGCUUCUACCCAGUUGUGGCUGGUGAGAAUGGGGGUUUCUACGGGAAAGCCGCUGGCACCUGUUACGGCCAACAGGCGAUCAGCUACGUCAGCCAGCAAAAAAUGAACUUCUAUCAUGGUUUCUCUGCAAGUGUGGAAUACGCCGCUGUGAAAAUGGAAGAUGGCUACCCUUUCUCAAAUGGAUCGGCCUCUACAGCUGCAUUCCCGAGUUCCUCCGUCGUCCAGCAUUACCAGACACCUUUGCAAACUCAGGGAACACAGGGCAGCUGUAACCCAUAG